AUGCAAAUGGCGCGAGCUGUCGGAAUGCCUGUUCCAAAAGUUUUAUCUUGCGGAGAGCACCCCUAUGCGCCCUUCAACCGCGUUUUCUCGAUAUUGAUGACGAGACUGCCCGGUACCGCACUUGAGAACUCAGGCGAUCCUUUACAUGUUGAACUGGAGGACCCGUGGCUUUUCGAACUGAAGAAAUGUGUCACAUCCAUGCGCACUUGGUCCUCACCUCAUGCGCAAAGUAUUUGCUCGGUUUUGGGUACCUCGUUACGAAGUUCAAGAGUGCCUAAUCACAUAAUGGGUCCGUUCACAGACGAAGACGAGCUCCACGAUUAUCUCUUGAGUCCUGCAUCUGGACACAGCUUCAAUUCGACUGCAGAAUACAAUCAAGCAUUGGCGCAAGCAAAUGAGAUUCGCAAAUACUCUCACCGAAUUACUUUCACUCACGGUGACUUUAAGGCCCAUAAUAUUCUCGUCGGAGAUGAUGGUCAUUUAUCAGCUUUUCUUGAUUGGGAAUCUGCUGGCUGGUACCCUGAAUACUGGGAUUUCACGACUGCAUUGAGAUAUGGAAAGAGCAGCUGGUGGGGUCAGGUGGCUUUGUGGAUUGGAGGAGACCAGUACAACGGAGAGUUGGCUUGUGAUAUUGCGCUCAACUCAUUGACCGUUGACUCAUACAUAGCCUUCUGA